UUGGUGCUAAGACUGGCAGUUCUGACUGAAGCUGCCGACUACGAUGCCAUAGAAACGUCUGGGAAUGUACCACGUCCACGGUUUAAUCGGGGUGCUCUGCUAAACGUUGGCUUCCUGGAGGCGAUACGCUCUCAGAUAGCCUUGGCUGAACUAGGCUCGUCUGGAUGGGACAAAACUGUGCGGUCUGCCGACUACCUCGCUCUUCACGAUGUUGAUCUGCUACCUGCUGACCCUCAGCUCAACUACUCAUGGCCACUUAUCACUCCUAAUGACGGCGAAGCUGGUCACGGUGGUUGGGGCAGCCCGCUCCACUUGAUUCCUCACUACCUUCACCCGCGGUAUCACUUCUAUCGUCAUUAUCUGGGCGGCGUUCUUCUCAUUACAACGGAUCAGUUUAUCCAGGUCAACGGGAUGUCUGAUCGCUUCUGGGGAUGGGGCCGCGAAGACGAUGAGUUGCGCCUGCGUAUCCUCAAAGCUAAUCUGAAGGUAAUUCACUCCUAG